AUGAUAUCACUUUAUAAAAAACAACGUGAAAGUGUUUGGAUUAUAAUCAAAAAUACAAGUAAAUAUUUAUCAUUCACAUUUAAUAUUAAGCAAUACAAUAUGAUACUGUCAAUUAUUAUUGUAAUAGUUAAUUCAAUGAACUCUUCAACAAUAUUUUGCCCAAAGGGUUGUGCCACUAAAUGUUUAACUAAUAACACAUGUGGAAGGUGUAUGGUUGGAUAUGAUAAUGACAACUCUUGUAUGACUUGUGAGUGGUAUAAUAGAAAUUUGCAUAUGACAAGUGUCUACAUUAAAAAGGACACAAAAUGCACAAGAUUUAAUUCUUUGAUAUUAAAAGAUUCUUGGCUACCUCCAGAAAAGUUUAUUACUGAGAUAAAAAUCGAUGAAAAAGUCGUAUUUGACAUAGAUGAGUCAAGUGACAUUGACACUAGUUUUUGUUAUUAUAAGGAUCGAUAUAGAUUUGGUAAGUGGUUCAAGCUGUUAUACAACAUCAAAAACUCUUCUCAUAUUCUUUUUGAAUUUUCACAAUUAAAUGUCGAUAAGUCGUUGGUUAACAUAGAUGUCACAAAUUCUUUGAAAAAACAAAGAGGGGACUGUUACGCACAUACAACAUCAGAAUCAAAAACAAAUUCAAAGCAAUUAUACGUUCCUGUCUUUUCUCCAUAUAAUAAUGACCCCAAAAGAAACACCGAAGACUUUUAUUUUUAUAUAUUCAUUCAUCUCGGACAAUUAUCAAAAGCAAAAAUCGAGUUAAAAACUCAAGUCCAAAAUAGUCGGAUUUUUCCUCCAAGAUUUAAUUUGACAUUGAAAGACACAAUGUAUUUAUCAGAACAUCCAGGAAAAUUUAUUUUAUGGAAUGUACCAUUUGAAGAACAUGGUGCAUUUGCGCAACCUAUUUGUUUCCCAACUUAUAGAAUGAAAUAUAUCGCAUUCGAUAUUGAAUUCGUUGAAACAGGGAAAUUAGUGAUUGACGCAACUGGUAGUGGAAAGAUGAACAAUUUACAAGAGUAUGAUAUUGUAAAUGGAGAUAAAACAACUUUGAAAUGUAUUCAGUCUUGGAGUGGAAGACGUCAUGGGGUAUUCAGUGAAAACGAAAAGGCUGGUGCUUUUGUUUCAAUCAGUGCAAACGAAAAAGUUAAGAGACAUUUUGCUUUUAUCUCUGAGAAUCAACGCAUUAAUUUUGUAGUCAAGUUCUAUGUAAUAUGCCAUGAAAAUUGUAAUUAUAAACAUGGAUUUGGGACAUGUUUACCAACGAUAGGGAAGUGUAAAUGCAUUAAAGGUUAUGGAGGUUCGAACUGUCACAAAUUGUGUUACUAUGACAACACCUGGCAGAUCUCUCCAAAUGAUAAUUUGUGUUUCUUUGGAUCUGAAAGGUGUAACGAAUACUGUAGAUGCGAAGAAGGAACGGUUCUUGUUAAUCACAGAUGUUUGUCGAAAGAAUGUGCACGUGGGGAAAUUGGAAUUAAUGAUGAGUGUUAUCCCAAUAGUGAAGGAUGCACUCCGACAUGCAAGUGUGAUUCUUCAAGGGGGUUUUACAUGUCAUCAACCAAAAGAUGUUUGUCAAAAUUGUGUGGUAAUGGGAAGAAAAACACUUAUUAUGAUUACAACGGAAAUAUUAUAAGAACAGAAGAAUGUGACAAUGGAACAAAUUGUCAAAAAGAUUGUAGAUGUAUUGACGGGUUUAUAACAGAUCCAAAAAGUGAAAACGAUUGUAUACACAAAGGACUUUCAGUUGACUUUACAAUAUUUGUUGUUAUUGUAAGUUGUGUAUUUGUACCUGCGUUUGUAAUGGCGUUUGCCAUGUUGAUAUUCUUUAUAACACGUUAUAAAAAGACCAACAUAGAAGUGUUUAAAGAACAACAACCAACAUACUAUUUCUAUAUCAGUGGGUCGAUAAAUAAAAAAUUGGCAAAUGAAAGUCUAUACUUCAUAGAUCCAAUUACAUUGGACUUUGGAAAUGGCACAGAAGCAACAGAAAUAAAUGAUACACAUUUCCAGCAAAUUCAAGUUAAAAAUAAAAGUAGAAACAAAUAUAUGAUGGUCAUAUUUCACACACCAAAUACUCCAAAAUAUGUGUUUCACUUUGAUCCACAAGUUGUGAUAAUGAGACCAAGAGCAAGUAGUUGCGUCACAUGUUAUAUGACAUUAUAUUGUACAACUAAGUUGCGAGGGAUGAAGAUCCCAUACACUGUUUGGUUCUCUAAAUCCAAAAUUAUUUUCAGUGAAAUAGCUCUGUUGUUAAAAGACAAGACCUUUGAAACAUGGACAAAUGUACAACAAAAAAAAUUAGAAAAGAUUUCUAAAACAGUUCAUAAUAGGUUCCAUCACUACCUCACAAUUUCAACAGAUGCGGCGAGUUCGACACAUAUUGAUAUGGACGAACUUUCUAUUUCAGAGAAGCCAAUAGCAGAAGGAGCGAUGGGACGAGUGUAUAUGGGGAGUUAUCGAAGUGUUGCAGUUGCUGUGAAGCAGUUUCGAUGGGAGAAAUUGGAUGAAGACGAAGUUGCUGAGUUGAAGAAGAAUGUUGUUGCUGAGUGUGAGAUGAUGGCAAAGCUGAGGAAUCCGUUCAUAGCGAGUUACAUUGGGUCAGUGACAUACAUCCCACAAGUGUCGAUGGUCAUCCAAUUCUUCAUUCUUGGCUCACUUGGUGAAUAUUUGCGACAAGAGAAAGAAGACUAUGUCAAGAUGCCAUACAAAUUGAAAGUGCGGAUGUUGUUUGACACAUCACGUGGAAUGCAAUUUCUUCAUGAGAACAGAAUCAUGCACUUGGACUUGAAGCCCGACAAUUUGUUGGUCAACUCACUUGACUGUAACAGCGCAUGUACUAUCAAAAUCACAGACUUUGGAACAUCGCGAUUCAAAAAGAAAUCAAUUACUAACAGCGAAGACAAGGGACUUGGCACACCUAUCUAUGCAGCACCUGAGACUUUCAAAGACGAAUACACGUUUGCUGGUGAUGUCUAUUCAUUUGCUAUCACAGCAUGGGAACUCUAUUACCAAGUCGAACCAUAUGCACAACUUAAAUCGAUAUUCGACAUCAAAAGACACGUCGAAGAAGGAAAAAGACUCUCUUUUGAUCAAAACAUCCCACCACUUUAUAGAAAAUUGGUUGAGGAAUGCUGGAGAGCUGAUCCUAAAGAUCGCCCUAACUUCGACAAAGUGACAGCAAAACUUGUGAAAGUAGACGAAGAAGACUCACAACAAUUUUACUUAAAUAUUCAAAAUGAGAUGGACAAUCUCAAUCUCAUUAUUGAGAAACGGAGUGAGCGUGUGAAAAGGAGUUUGCAUGAGAUAAGUUGA